UGAUUAGAUUACCCAACAAAGCAAAAAAGGAAAACAAGCCUCCAUGAAAUAAACAACACCAGCUGAAUUCAUUCAUAAGCACAAAAUCUCACUCUUCCUCUUCCUCCGCUCAACAAUUCGCCUGAAUUCUCAUUCCGCCACCACAAUCUUCCCCUCCGCCACCGUAUUCCGAUCCAAGAUUCUAUCCCCCCCCCCCCCAAACGCUGCAGUAUCGACUACACUCCGAUUGAUGCAACAACACAGUCUGUGAGCUUGUUCGAGAACGAAAACCCAGUUCAAUUUUGAUCAUUAUCGUGAUUCUAGGGUUUUGAUUUCACCCUUUUUUGAAAUUCCAUCCAUUGAUUUGGGUUUUGUGAGGAAUGGCAUCUUACAGGCCUUUCCCUCCGCCGUCGAGUCAAAACCCUAUCUCAGCCCCACCACCACCGCAGCCACCGCAACAACGCGGCAAUCAUCAGGGCAAUUGGGGUGGUGGCGGUGGUUGUUACGGUUACGCUCCUGGUGCUGCAGAUCCUUCUACUUCUUCAUUCCCCCAAAUGCCUCCGAAUUCCAAUUAUCACCACCAUCAACAACAGCAGCACCAUCAUGCUCCUCCGCCUAAUUCCUAUCACCACCUCUAUGCAUACCCACCGGCGCCACUUCCGCCGCCUCCUCCGCCACCACCUGAAACAUCCUACCACCCACCACCGCCUCCUCCUCCUAUGUAUUACCCCCCUUCUAGUAAUAGUCAAUACAAUCACCAACAACCACCACCUCCUCCGCCGUUGUCGCCGGGUGCUUCUUCUGUCCCACCACCACCACCUCCUCCUGCCUCGCCGCCGCCUCCUCCUCCGAAUAAUGAAGAGAGGGCGUUUACUAAAGGCUCCUUGAAGGAUCCUUCCACAUCCGGCAGGCGCGAAUACGAGCAUUCGAAUCAUAAGCAGCACAGCAAGCCUCCUCCGGGUCCGGUGCAUAAGGUGAGUGGGGCUGUCAGGAGGGCUGAGACUGAUGAGGAGAAGAGGUUGAGGAAGAAGAGGGAGUAUGAGAAGCAGAGGCAGGAAGAGAAGCAUAGGCAGCAGCAGCAGUUGUUGAAGGAAUCCCAGAACAAUGUGUUGCAAAAGACUCAGAUUUUGGCUUCUGGGAAGGGAGGGCAUGGCUCUUCUAUUGCGGGGUCUCGAAUGGGAGAAAGGAGAACUGCUCCUUUAUUGAGUGGUGAGAGGGUUGAAAAUAGGUUGAAAAAGCCUACCACUUUUUUGUGUAAGCUCAGAUUCCGAAAUGAACUUCCAGAUCCAAGUGCGCAACCUAAGCUUAUGGCGUUCAAGAAAGAUAAAGAUCAAUAUGCAAAAUAUACAAUCACAUCUCUGGAGAAAAUGUACAAACCUAAACUUUUUGUGGAGCCAGAUCUGGGGAUACCUCUGGACCUGCUUGAUCUCAGUGUUUACAAUCCUCCCAGUGUCAGACCACCUCUUGCUCCAGAAGAUGAAGAUUUAUUAAGAGAUGAUGAAGUGAUCACUCCAGUAAAAAAAGAUGGCUUAAAGAGAAAAGACAGGCCUACUGAUAAAGGUGUAGCUUGGCUUGUUAAAACACAAUAUAUAUCUCCACUAAGCAUGGAUUCGGCGAAACAGUCUUUAACUGAAAAACAAGCUAAGGAGCUGAGAGAGAUGAAGGGGCGCGGCAUUUUGGAUAAUCUUAACAGUAGGGAAAGACAAAUCAGGGAAAUUGAAGCAUCAUUUGAAGCAGCAAAGUCGCACCCUGUUCAUGCAACCAACAAAGAUUUGUAUCCUGUUGAGGUUUUGCCAUUGCUGCCUGAUAUUGAUAGGUAUGAGGAUCAGUUUGUUCUUGCUGCAUUUGAUAAUGCUCCCACAGCUGAUGCUGAUAUGUACACUAAAUUAGACAAAUCUGUUCGUGAUGCCUAUGAAUCAAGGGCAGUUAUGAAAAGUUAUGUUGCAACCGGCUCCGAUCCUGCAAAUCCUGAGAAAUUUUUGGCAUACAUGGCCCCAACACCUGGAGAGCUGUCAAAGGAUAUAUAUGAUGAAAAUGAAGAUGUUUCUUAUUCUUGGGUCCGCGAAUAUCAUUGGGAUGUUCGGGGUGAUGAUGCAGAUGACCCUACAACAUUCUUAGUUGCAUUUGAUGAGUUAGAAGCACGCUAUGUGCCUCUUCCAACUAAACUUGUUUUAAGAAAAAAGAGGGCUACAGAGGGAAGAUCUGGUGAUGAGGUUGAGCAAUUUCCAAUACCUUCAAAAGUGACCGUAAGGCGGAGAUCAAGCGUUGCUGCAAUUGAGCGGAAGGAUUCUGGGGUUUAUACAAGUUCAAAGGGUAAUUCAUCGAGGAGAGGAGAUUUGGAAAUGGAUGAUGAUGCUCUCGAACACCAACAUAGAGUUGCAGCACACCAGGACAAUUAUCAGUCGAGUGGAGCAGAAGAUGACAUGUCUGAUUGAUUCAUUAACCCAAAUGCUGCUUCCUUAAAGAAAAUUUGUUCAAUUAGUUGGUGGUUGGAUUGGCAGUAGAUAGCUGUAUUACUUGUGUUUCAAUGAAGUUUAACUUAAUUCGCGUACUUUCAGAUUGUAGGUAGCUGUUAAAUUGAUAUAGAUUUUGUUUUCAAUACCCCAUUAAAAUAGAAAUUAUUGAGAAAUAAUGAAAUGUAAAAAGCAUGUCAGACUCUACUUGGAAUUUUAUCAUUGCUCCGGAUGUUUUUAGUGCA